UUCCACAUUCACCCCUUCCCUUCCCUCAAAAUAUCCCUUCCCUCUCUCUCAUUCUCAAAUCAAGUAUCAACCCCAUUCCCUCCCUCUCUCUCAAGAAACCCACACACACUCUCUCUUCCUCUCUUUCUCUCAUCGACAGAUGGAGAAAGGUGAGGGCAGCGCUUCCUCCGCCGCCGCGGGCGAAAACUCCACCGACAAGAACCCGUCGCGCCACAACCUCACCCUCCCCUCAGGACUCACAGCUGACGAAUUCGAAUCCCUAAAGCACUCCAUCUCCGACCACCACACGUACCUACUCGGACCAGGCCAAUGCUCCUCCCUCCUCGCGCAGCGCAUCCACGCGCCGCCCUCCGUCGUCUGGUCCAUCGUUCGCCGCUUCGACAAGCCCCAAACCUACAAGCACUUCAUCAAGAGCUGCGCCGUCAAGGAACCCUUCCACAUGGCCGUCGGUUGCACUCGCGACGUCAAUGUCAUCUCUGGCCUCCCAGCCGCUACCUCCACCGAGCGCCUCGACCUCCUCGACGACGACAAACACGUCACUGGCUUCAGCAUCAUCGGCGGUGAGCACAGACUCCGCAAUUACCGCUCCGUCACCACCGUCCACGGCUUCGAGGAUCGCGAUGGCGGCGGAGGAGGAGGGAAGAUCUAUUCCGUUGUUCUUGAAUCGUACAUCGUUGACGUGCCGGAAGGGAACACCGAGGAGGACACGCGUCUCUUUGCGGACACCGUCGUGAAGCUCAACCUCCAGAAACUCGCGUCCGUCACCGA